UCCCCCCCGGCGCGCUCUCCUCACGGCGGCGGCGGCGGCUCCAUUUUCUCGCGCUCCCGCGGCCCCGCAGCGCCCCGGCUCCUCCUCGGCCCCGGCCGCCGGAGACACCCCCAGGCACCCCCGUCCCCGCCGCCAUGAAUGAGGAGUACGACGUGAUCGUGCUGGGCACCGGCCUCACGGAAUGCAUCCUCUCCGGUAUCAUGUCAGUGAAUGGAAAGAAAGUCCUUCACAUGGACCGUAACUCUUACUACGGAGGGGAGAGCGCGUCCAUCACACCCCUGGAGGAUCUCUACAAAAGGUUUAAUCUACCAGGAACUCCACCAGAAUCCAUGGGACGGGGAAGAGACUGGAACGUGGACCUAAUCCCCAAAUUCCUUAUGGCUAAUGGUCAGUUGGUAAAGAUGCUGCUCUACACAGAAGUCACUCGCUACUUGGACUUCAAGGUGAUCGAGGGAAGCUUUGUCUACAAGGGAGGGAAGAUCUACAAAGUUCCUUCCACUGAGGCAGAGGCCUUGGCAUCCAGCUUAAUGGGCUUGUUUGAGAAACGUCGGUUCCGGAAAUUCCUCGUGUACGUUGCCAACUUCGACGAGAACGACCCGCGCACUUUCGAAGGCGUCGAUCCCAAGAAGACCACCAUGCGCGACGUGUACAAGAAGUUCGACCUGGGCCAGGAUGUCAUCGACUUCACGGGCCACGCGCUCGCGCUCUACAGGACCGACGACUACCUAGAUCAGCCGUGCCAGGAGACGAUCAACAGGAUCAAGCUGUACAGCGAGUCCCUGGCUAGGUACGGGAAGAGCCCCUACCUGUAUCCGCUCUACGGCCUCGGGGAGCUGCCCCAGGGAUUCGCAAGGCUAAGUGCCAUCUACGGAGGCACCUACAUGCUCAACAAGCCCAUCGAGGAGAUCGUCAUAGAGAACGGCAAAGUGGUGGGCGUGAAAUCCGAAGGAGAGGUGGCUCGCUGCAAACAGCUCAUCUGCGACCCCAGCUACGUCUCGGACCGCGUGACGAAGGUUGGCCAAGUGAUUCGCGUCAUCUGCAUCUUAAGCCACCCCAUCAAGAACACGAACGAUGCCAACUCGUGCCAGAUCAUCAUUCCACAGAACCAGGUCAACCGGAAAUCGGAUAUCUACGUGUGCAUGAUCUCCUCGGCGCACAACGUGGCCGCGCAGGGCAAGUACAUCGCCAUCGCCAGCACCACCGUGGAGACCGCGGACCCCGAGAAGGAGAUCAAGCCUGCCCUGGACCUCCUGGAGCCCAUCGAGCAGAAGUUCGUUAGCAUCAGCGACCUGUUUGCGCCGACCGACUUGGGAACGGAGAGCCAGAUCUUCAUCUCCCGCACCUACGACGCCACCACCCACUUCGAGACGACGUGCGAUGACAUCAAGGAUAUUUAUAAGAGGAUGAUGGGCUCCGAGUUUGACUUUGAGGAGAUGAAGCGCAAGAAGAACGAUAUCUACGGGGAGGAGGAGCAGCAGUAAUGAGAAUCUCUAAUUAGGAGAAAUUAAAUCGGCUAAUAUGAAUAUAUAAGGAACUUAAUGAACACUGUAUGAAAUUCAAUAUUGUAAGGCCUGCUUUUGUAAUCCCAUCUCUGAGAGAUUGAAGAGUACUGCACUGGUAAUGUUCCCCUUUUGGAUAUCAUGUGUUAAUUAUUUCAUUCUAGUAGGGCUGCUGUCCAGAAUCUGGCAAAUUACUGACUGAUUUAAUGACUAACCUUGUUAAGUGGGGGGGGGGAAGCCGACUGAACUUCUCUUGCGGACUUAGCCAUUGGUGCAGAUUGGAAUAACUCAUUGACAGCUGUGUCUUACCUUGUAUUUUUAAUCAUUUGUAAACAUAACUUCACAAUUAUGUGCUUCUGGUGAGCUAGUAACCGUGACGGUUGUCACUCGAACCUGUUAUCAAGGAAAAUAGAAACUGAGCACUCCAUUAUUGUGGACAGCAUCCCUCGGGUCUCUCCCAUCAACCUUAACCGUGUGGCAAGUUGUAUUAUGGACAAAGCCCACAUCUAUUGUAGCAGCAGCUGUUGGCGUAGUUCUGGGCACAGGACUUAACCUCCACUUUCAGCUUCUCAAACUUGUUUACAGCGGUUGGGACACAGCUGUGCCUAAGGCUCCUUUGUGUUUUAAUCUAAUAAAAUUGAGAGAACAAAAUUACAGAGCAGGCAAGACGUGAAAGUAUUUUCUGUA